AUGGCAUUGGAUGCAAUGAAAAUCCCUCAGAGAGAUCCGUGGUUGAUACAAUACUGCCUCGAUCGUUUAGACUCAGAAUCCCGUGUCCUUUGGGGACGAGAGUGUAAAAAUGAGAUCCCCACUCUUGCCGAUUUUACCAAGUUUCUGGACCAGAGGUGUGUCGAUAUCAAAAAUGCAUCACAAGCGUCUUCAAAUCCCUCCUCAGUUCCUCAGAAUAAUUCACGCUCUGCUCACAAUAAGCUUCAGAAGAAACAAGCCACGGCUCUAAUGGCUUCCACCACAAAUUCAGCAUGCAAAUGCUGCCAAGAAUCUCCCCAUCCGCUUUUCAAAUGUCCUAAGUUUCUGGAUAUGUCACCGGGGGAGCGCUUCAAUACAGUGAAAGCCCUUAGUUUGUGCCGAAAUUUCUUCGCGUCGCAUCUCACGCAUACAUGCAUAUUCCGCAAGUGCAUCAAGUGUCAAGGGCGACACAAUCAACUCUUGCAUGAUCAUUAUGCGUCAAAUUCGGGUCACCCAAGUCCUGCUGGUUCUUCCGGGACCCAAGUUUCAGAUAAAUCAGGCACCAAUGCCAAAGGAUCCAAGGAUUCCUCGGCCAUUGUUGGUGUGUGUGCUUCUCGUUGUGAACAGAUUGAGUCCCCUCCGCGGGUAUUUUUCGCCACUGCUUUAGUUCACAUCCUCACAUCAACAGGAGAUACAAUUCCAUGCCGACUCAUAUUGGAUAGGGGUGCCCAGGUCAACAUCAUGACCUCAAAUCUGUACCAUCGUCUGAAUCUUUCGAAACAUCCGACAAAUCUUUCGAUUUCUGGAGUCAAUGAAUCAAGAUGCCGUGCCAGGUAUUUCGUUUACGCUACAAUUUUCUCCAGAACUUCGGAAUCAUGCUUCAGCUUCAAAUGUUUCGUCUUGCCUAAAGUGUCAGGAAAUAUUCCCAAUUGGUCCGUAGACACUUCCUCAAUUCGUAUUCCCCACGAUGUCAAACUGGCUGAUCCCAAAUGGCAUUCACAAAAACCAGUUGACUUGCUUCUCUCUGGGAAUCAUUAUUGGGCUAGUUGGUUGGAGGACACUAGGGAGUUAGGUCCAGGCUUACCAAUUCUGAAAGAGACCGUUUUCGGACACGUCGUUGUGGGAGAACAUGAACCUAUUCCUCCCCCAGAAGUAUGCAACUUGAAUGUUAGUGCUUUAGAUGAGUCUUUGCGAAAAUUCUGGGAGGUCGAAGGUAUGUCUGAAAAGCAGAAUCUCACGGACAAUCAAAGGGCAGCGGAGCAGCACUUCAUUGAAACUCAUCGUCGGAAUUCUGAGGGAAGAUUCGUGGUACAGCUUCCAUUCAAGGAAGAUCCUCGCGUGCUAGGCGAUUCAAGACCCCUUGCCGUUCGGCAAUUCUUGGCAUUAGAACGGAAGUUCGAGAAAAAUCCCUCCUUUCAUGCUUUAUACUCACAAGUCAUCAAUGAUCAAUUGGAAAGGGAGUGGAUUGAACCUGUGGGAAGGGAGUAUCCUGAAGGUCCAGUGUUUUACAUGCCCCAUCAUGGCGUGGUCAAAGAAUCGUCAGCCACUACAAAGCUUCGCAUAGUAUACAACGCGAGUGCGAAGUCUAGCACAGGCGUAAGUAUGAACGACAUUUUGCGUGUGGGCCCAACGGUACAACCCGAUUUGUGUUCAAUCUUGUUGAGGUUCAGACAGCACCCUUAUGCUAUGACAGCAGACAUCAGCAAAAUGUAUUUGCAACUAGUGUUGGAUCCUACCCACUCGGAUUUUCAUCGUUUCGUUUGGCGUGCAAACAAGUCCGAGCCCAUUAGAGACUUUCGCUUCACGCGUGUAUGUUUCGGGGUCGCAUCAUCCCCUUUCUUAGCUACACGUGCUCUCAUUCAGCUCGCACAGGAGUGCGAAAACUCCCAUCCUUUGGCUGCAGAGGCUCUACGUAAUUGCUUCUACGUGGAUGAUUCCAUCAUGUCCACUGAGUCUGUUGCUAAAGCCAAGGACAUCCAAAGUCAAUUGCUUCACGUGUUGAAGAGUGGUGGGUUCUUGAUCACGAAGUGGAAGGCGAACCAUUCUGAUCUAGAACUUUCCGAGGAAUCUACUCCCGAUACUGUGCACAUCACUGAUUCUACCACAAGUGCAUUGGGGAUCAGUUGGAACUCCAAGUUGGAUUCAUUCUCUUUCCGUGCUCCCAUUUCCCCUAGCGAAGAUUGUGGAACGAAAAGGAAAAUGGCUUCAGCGAUCGCUAAACUGUUUGAUCCGCUUGGACUCAUCGGACCCGCGAUUACUGUGACCAAAAUUCUGUUACAAGAUGCGCACCAGUUGAAAAAACCUUGGGACGAGCCUUUGCCUGAGGAUAUACUCAAAAAAUGGGAGGAGUUUGUCCGUCAACUUCAGCAUUUAGACCAAGUAUCCAUUCCUCGUUGUGCUUUAAUCAUUGCGUCACCCUCCAAACUUCAGAUCCAUGCAUUUUGUGACGCCAGUCAGCGAGCAUAUGGUGCUGCGUUAUACUUGGUCUCUACUGACAGCUUUGGAACAAUUGCUUCACAUCUGCUUAUCGCCAAAUCCAGAGUUGCUCCCAUAAAUUCCUUGACCAUCCCAAAAUUAGAACUCUGUGGAGCUCUUCUUGCUACAGAGCUCGUAGUCAAGGUCCAGGAUCAGUUCACUUUGGAGUCAAUCCAUUUUUGGUGCGACUCAAUGGUCGUUUUGCAUUGGAUCAAUGGGGAUCCUGAGGAUUAUAAGAUCUUUGUGGGACGUAGACUCAAGGAAAUUCGCAAGGUGUCCGCACCAUUUCAAUGGCGUCAUGUCAGAACUCACUUCAAUCCCGCUGAUUUGAUCUCCAGAGGUACUUCACCACUGCAGAUUCAGGAGUCAUCGCUAUGGUGGCAUGGUCCAGAAUGGCUGCUUCAGCCUGAAUCUCAGUGGCCUCAGCCUUUCCAUUCUCCGCACAAUUGUGAUGAAGAGGAUGCAGCUGUUUUGUUGGACGUAGCGUCACCGGAGGAGGAAAAUUCUACCAUUUUAUCUCGGCUUCUCAAGAGAUAUUCUUCAUUAUCCAAAAUUCAACGCAUCAUUGUCUAUUGCUUACGAUUCCUGACUCGUGGGAGUAGGAAUUCCGGUCCACCAUCUGCAUCGGAGUUGGAAAAGGCACUGGAAUGUUUAAUUCUCAUGGAUCAAACGGAGCACUUUCCAAAAUUAGCUCAACAGCUUCAGCGUCAUGGAAGAACCAUCACUUCUUCCUUCAGACACUUAAAUUCUCUGGCUCCAUUUGUUGACUAUAGCGGUUUCAUUCGUGUAGGAGGGCGCUUAGAAAAUUCAAAUAUGCCUUUUCCCUCUAAACACCCAAUAAUGCUACCAAAAUCCCAAUUGACUCAUCUUAUUGUGAAACGGGAGCAUUUGAAACAGCUUCAUGCGGGUCCACUAGUGCUUCUGAACACUAUACGUCAACAAUUCUGGCCAGUCUCAGGAAGGAAUAUGGUCAGGAAGGUGUGUCACGAGUGUCCGAGAUGUACGAAAGCAAAUCCCAAACCCCUGAAGCAGUUGAUGGCGGACCUCCCAACCAGUAGGGUGAAUUUUUACCGGCCAUUUCAGGCCACAGGAGUAGACUAUGCUGGGCCUAUUCAAUACAGACCUUCAGCACCGCGAGCAUCGAGAACCCGCAAUCUCAGUCUGGAGAAAGGCUACAUUUGCUUGUUCGUGUGUAUGGCCACGAAGGCCGUACACUUGGAAUUUGUCACGAGUCUAUCAACCGAGGGAUUUUUGGCUGCGUUCCGCAGAUUUGCGGCAAGGAGGAAUCUCCCACGAGAUAUGUACUCGGAUUGCGGUACAAAUUUUGAAGGUGCUGCGAAGGAGUUGACAAUCCUUUUCCGUCAACAACAAUUUCAAUCAGAAAUUGCAGAGAGGACCCAGGAUAGCGGGGUUAAUUGGCAUUUUAACCCAAGUCGAGCCCCCCACCAUGGAGGAUUGUGGGAGGCGUGUGUGAAGCGAGUGAAGUUUCAUUUGUCAAGGAUCUCGCAACACGCACACCUUUCAUAUGAGGAGAUUUCCACGAUUUUGUGUCAAAUCGAAUCCAUUCUCAAUUCCCGUCCCAUCUCCAUGAUGUCAGAUGAUCCGAACGAGAGAGAUUUUCUAACCCCAGGUCAUUUCCUAACAGGGGUGCCAGGAAAUUGCCCUCCAGAUCCCAAUCUGAGUGAAAUACCAAGAAACCGUCUCAGUCUUUGGCAACAUUGCCAGCAGCGUACACAGGACUUUGCCAAGAAGUUUCGUCUCUUAUAUCUUAACACACUUCAGCAAAGAGCGAAAUGGACAAGGGACUAUAGCAACGUGAAGAUCGGUGAUGUUAUCCUGCUUCUGGAUGAGACUCAGAUGGGCAACAAGUGCAUUCUCGGACAAGUGGAUGAUAUUCAUCCUGGGAGAGAUGGAAGAAUCCGUGUGCUGACCAUUAGGACCACAAAGGGAACGUACACCAGACCAAUCACGAAGGUGGCACGCCUGUUUGUGGAAGAUGCUGAUCUGUGCUCUAAACAAUCUUCAGAUCAUUCAGAGCACACGGGGGAGGAUGUUGGUGAUGAUGUGCGCAGCGCUUAA